UUUAAAGAUGAAGUCUUUGUUGAGAUCGGGGCGAUUCUCGCUCCAGGAGGAAUUAAUUGGGAAUCGAGUUUUAUUAUAGUCGGCCCCGAUUACGUAAAACGAUUAAUAGGAAGAUACUUAACUCAGCCAGCCUCAGAAUCUGAUAAUUCCGAGGAGCAGGUGUCCCUAAGUAAAUAA